UUGUUAGGUUUUACCAAUGGUUACGUUUAGACUCAUAUUGCGAAUUAAGAGAAGUUAUGAGAGCUAAUUUACGAUGUAGAAUUUACGAUCCAAGUUUGAAAUUCGAUUACUUUUUAUCGAAUUGUUAUCGCUAUCAAUUGGGAAAUGUUGCCGAAACGGAAUAUGUUUCUAAAAUCAACUGCGCGCCACUUUCUGAAGAGAGAAUCGCGCUACAGCGUGAUGCUGUGAUCAAUAUCGGUAUUAUGGCUCAGCCUCCUUUGGACCAUCAUCAAAUGUCAGACGGAUUUGAAAAUAGAGGAAAAAAAGGAGAAAUGAAAGCCGUAACGCAUACUUGUACGUCAAGAAGUGUUUUAGAUUUUCCGGAAGGUGAUUCAAUCGAAGACAUCGCUGAAUCUGUCGAUGAAUUGCGUGAAAAAUUAGCGAAUAUGAAGAGAUUAAUGGAGGAACGUAAGGGAACGACUCUGGGGGAAAUCAGUGCACGUAAAAGGAAAGAAGCUUCGGAUAUAAUAGACGGAAAUUUUCUUUCUUGGAUUUUUGGUUCUGCACUAAUUGUCAUAUUGAGCGUUAGCUUUUAUGCUUUUUAUAAUCUUUAUCAUGCGGUACUCAAAAAAUUCCCUUCGCAUCAUACAGAGUUGUAAGAAAAGAAAAAGAUAAAAAGAUUUAAAAGAUAUAGAAAAGAAACAUGGAGAAAGUAAGAAAAAACAGUGAAAAACCCGUCGAAUGAUUCGUUCGAACGGUAAUUUCUGCUCACUUUUUAAUUUCCCUUUGAUUGUAUUUCAUUCAAUGACGUUAAAAUCGCAAUAAGCGAUAACAAGAUUUCUUUUUCUAUCGUUUUUCUAUCCUUUCAGAAGACACGAUACAAAAGAGAAACCAAAAUGGCUAACAUAACUCACCCCCAGAAGAAACACCGUAUGCUGGUGUAAUGCGUUUUUUCCGGUUUACGAUGUAAUCGUGACUAACAGACCGACGAAAUCUCCGAUUUCAAUUAUUUUAAUUAUCUGUAGGCAAAUUGAAACAAUAUUGAGGCGACACGUGAUAUUUUUGUCCAUAAAAUUUUAUAUUACAAAAAAAAAGAAAGAAAAAGUAUAUUUCACUUUGAUCAAAAUUUUAAACGUAUGCAUUAAGAUUCUUUAAUUUUUGGUUAUUAUUAUUAUUAUUAUUAUUAUUAUUAUUAUUAUUAUUAUUAUUAUUAGA